AUGGUCUACAAGGUCGCUGACAUCUCCCUCGCCGCCUUUGGCCGCAAAGAGAUUGAGAUUGCAGAGAAUGAGAUGCCUGGUCUCAUGUACAUUCGCAAAAAAUAUCAAGCGCAACAGCCAUUGAAGGGCGCCCGCAUCGCUGGCUGCCUUCACAUGACCAUUCAGACUGCCGUCCUUAUCGAGACGUUGACCUGCCUCGGUGCUGAAGUCAGCUGGUCCUCCUGCAACAUCUUCUCGACUCAGGACCACGCUGCCGCCGCUAUUGCCGCGACCGGUGUUCCCGUCUUUGCCUGGAAGGGUGAGACCGAGGAAGAGUACACCUGGUGCAUCGAGCAGACUCUGGCUGCCUUCCCCAAUGGACAGCCACUCAACAUGAUCCUCGACGACGGAGGUGACCUUACUACCCUCGUCCACGAAAAGUACCCCCAGUACCUCGCCGACAUCCGUGGUGUCUCUGAGGAGACUACGACCGGUGUCCACCACCUCUACAAGGCAUUCCGUGAGGGCAAGCUCAAGAUCCCCGCCAUCAACGUCAACGACUCGGUCACCAAGUCCAAGUUUGAUAACUACUAUGGCUGCCGCGAGUCGCUCGUCGACGGUAUCAAGCGUGCGACGGAUGUCAUGCUUGCCGGAAAGGUUGCCGUCGUUGCUGGCUUUGGUGAUGUCGGCAAGGGGUGCGCCGAGUCCCUUCGCUCGUAUGGUGCUCGUGUGUUGAUCACUGAGAUCGACCCCAUCAACGCCUUGCAGGCUGCCAUGGCCGGCUACGAGGUUACGACCAUGGAGGACGCCGCCCCGCGUUCCAACAUUUUCGUCACCACGACGGGUAACCGCGAUAUCAUCACCGGUGCUCAUUUCCCUGUGAUGCCCGAGGAUGCCAUUGUGUGCAACAUUGGCCACUUUGACAUCGAGGUCGACGUUGCCUGGCUCAAGGCAAACGCCAAAUCGGUGACUAAUGUCAAGCCACAGGUCGAUCGCUUCACCAUGCCAAGCGGACGCCACAUUAUUCUCCUCGCCGAGGGUCGUCUCGUCAACCUCGGAUGCGCGACCGGACACCCGUCCUUUGUCAUGUCGUGCUCUUUUGCCAACCAGGUCUUGGCUCAGAUUGCUCUCUGGACCAACCCCAAGGCAUUCCCUCUUGGUGUGCAUAUGCUCCCCAAGGAACUCGACGAAGAGGUCGCUCGCGCGCACUUGGCUCAGCUCAACGUCAAGCUCACGACGCUCACGGAGACGCAGAGCAAGUACCUCGACAUCCCCGUCAAUGGCCCGUACAAGGCCUCACACUACCGCUACUAA